CAUAGUGUUUGCAAUAUUUUCAUUGCUACUGCUACCCGAAAUAUUACCACAAAACGAUCCAGACACAACUUGGCACACGGUGCGCUCAGUACCUACCCAGCAGCAGCAGCAAAUGCUAAAUAUCGUUUGCUGUCAUUAUUUUUCUUGAUGGCAAGUAGACACGACAAUGUCUCCCUAGCAUGGCAUUGCCCUCUGCUGAGACGACCCGCCGACUGUUAUGGCAUUUAGUUCAGUCUUUUUGGACCCUCUGUCCCGGAGCAUCUUCAAGAAAUUUGUGGUCAUGCUGUGCUCCUUGCUUAUUUCGCUGUACUUUCUCUACUGCCUCACAGACCGCAGCAUUAUGUCUAGCCCCGUCAAGGCUACGGCGGAGGACUUUGGGUACCUGGAUUCAGACUUCAAACAGUGGCAGUCGGUUCAGAGAAAAAUACUUCUGCAAAAAAUAAUCAGCCAGCCGGAGCAAGGUAUGGCAGGACGCAAUUCCUAUUUUAACAGCGGUUUUACUAGAACUAAUAAUAUCAACGGAUUCCCCGCUGAUAGAAAAGAAGAGGUCCACCAACAUUACUUCAGACCUGCCCCGCGUAUGCCCUCUUCAACGAACUUUGACGCUUUGGCUGGGACGCCGAUUCUGCCUGGAGAUACGGGGCGCAACUCCGGCAUCAGUAAGAUCAGUCUUCUGGGUGAAGGGACCAGAAAGCUUCCCCAGGCGCUCAUCAUCGGGGUGAAGAAAGGAGGCACUCGGGCUCUGCUCGAGUUUAUCCGGGUGCACCCUGACAUCAGAGCCGUGGGAGCAGAGCCGCACUUCUUCGAUAGAAACUACGGCAACGGCCUCGACUGGUAUAGAGACCUGAUGCCCAAAACCCUGGAGGGUCAGAUCACCAUGGAGAAGACCCCCAGCUACUUUGUGACCAGGGAGGCCCCAGCCCGGAUCAGUGCAAUGUCCCGGGACACCAAGCUGAUCGUGGUGGUUCGGGACCCUGUCACCAGAGCAAUCUCCGACUACACACAGACUUUAUCCAAAAAGACCGACAUUCCCACCUUCGAGAGCCUGACCUUCAAAAACAGGACUACGGGGCUCAUUGACACUUCCUGGAGCGCCAUCCAGAUCGGUAUCUACGCCAAGCACCUGGAGAACUGGCUCCAGUACUUCCCCAUGAGCCAGAUCCUCUUUGUGAGUGGGGAGCGGCUGAUCAGCGACCCGGCCGGAGAGCUGGGAAGGGUCCAGGACUUCCUGGGCCUCAAGAGGAUCAUCACAGACAAACACUUCUACUUUAACCAGACCAAGGGCUUCCCGUGCUUGAAGAAGGCGGAGGGCAGCAGCAAGCCCCACUGCCUGGGCAAAACGAAAGGCAGGACCCACCCCAACGUAAACCCAGAGGUGGUGCAGAGGCUCAGAGACUUCUACAGGCCUUUUAACAUGAAGUUCUACCAGAUGACUGGUCACUUGUUUGGGUGGGAUGACUAAACAGAUGAUUUAAACACCAACAUAGACAAUUAGGAUGUAUGUGAUGUAAUGGAGCACUUGUUGAUGGUGUCAAUGCUGGGGUUACAGUAUUUAGUUCCCUUGGGAUUUGUUGGUUUCUACCAAUUGGCUUCCCCUAGCUGAGCCAGGAAUAUUAUGUUCUCAGGCAAUAAAUAACAAAAUAACUGAAUAGACCUCGAAACUACUACAGACCAUAAUAUGAAGUAUUAUCCUCAAAACGUAUAUGAACAUAUUGCACUUACUGAUAUGCAAAUUCUGUACAGCCCUCAAUAGUGUUUAUUAUUUAGACUUUACAAGUGAAACUGGCAGAAACACUGGCCUUCAAAUUAUUCAUGUGCUGAGCAAAGAUAAUGCAGUAAUACCAUUAAU